UCAUUUACGACAUUUUUGAUUGGUAAAAAACACAGCUAUUUGUGGUCAUUUCCGACCAUUUUCGUGGUAAUAUACAGUGAAAUCGAGACUACUUCUAUCAGGUCGAAUUACGAGAGACAUGAAUGAGAAAAAGAACCGAUGGGGAUUGAUUUGAACAGCGAGCUAGAAAUAAAGUACGACCCGAGCUUUGACUCGAUCAAGCAUGGUCCACGUAACCGUACAGGGCCUUGGCCUGAGAUGGGCCAGGUUCAUUGAUUCGGGCUUUCUUCUGUCGUGGGGCUGUCAUAAUGGUGACCACGUUCCACCACAAGUGUGGCCUUUGGGCAAUGCCAUAAUGGAGGCUGGGAAACUCUUGUUUGCCGUUGGAUAAUGAAUUUCUAGGAAAAGCUAUUAUAUCUCAUUCAUCAAUGAGUUAGAGACACAUAAAAUUGCGAAAAUUCAUGUGAAAAUGCGCAAAGAUGCGUAAAGACGCGUUGAAACACGCCCAGGUAGGAGGCCUUCAUAGGAUCGCUCGGAAGGAUGUUUGGGGGGAGGUUGGCUAGUUGCGGAGGGAAGAGAAGGUUGAAUUGGGAGAAAAUGAGCAGAUCUAGGCGACGCGCGGGUAGAGUGAACGAUGUGUGAAGUAG